AUGGCAGUGCGAGGCCAGGCUGAGGACAGGGCGCUGCAUGACAAGAUUCUCUCAGGGCUUCAUGGGACCCUCCUCAGUGAACCCUCUCAACAGCCCUCUGGGGUGGGACGGGAACUGAAUCCCAGCAACCUUGCACCACAGCCCCUACUCUCACCCCCUGCCCGUGGUUCUGAAAUUGGGGAGCAUCAGAAGCUGCUGGAGGUUUUGCAAAAGCAUAAGUGGGGGACCCUGGACCCAGGUUCUGACCCAGAUGGGAGUGGCUGGGGCCUGAGAAUGUGCACAGCCAUCUUGCAACUAUGUCAGGAUUCUGAGGCCAUCCGGAGAGACCCUGUCAGGAUGGGCAGAAAACAAGACACAAUCCGGGUUUGCCCUGUCCACUGCAGGGCACGGACCAUCCUUAUGAACGAGGACGGGGAGAUGCUCGAUCCCAGUGGGGGGUGUGAAAAUGAAAACAUCAAAGUCUUUGAUGGAAACUCUACCAAGGGCCCUCUGCUAGGGAGAGUCUGCAGUAAACAUGACUACAUUCCUGUUUUUGAAUCAUCAUCCGAUACAUUAACGAUUCAAAUAGUCACCGACUCUGUAAGAAUGCAAAGAACUGUCUUCAUCUUCUACUACUACUUCUCACCUGGCACCUCUAUUCCAAACUGUGGUGGUUACUUGGAUGCCCCUGAAGGAUCCUUUACCAGCCCCAAUUACCCAAAUCCGCAUCCUGCGAUGGCUUAUUGUGUGUGGCACAUACAGAUGGAGAAAGGUUACAAGAUAAAAUUAAACUUCAAAGACAUGUUCAUAGAAGGGGACGAACACUGCCGAUUUGACUUUAUCGCCGUCUACGAUGGGCUGUCCACCACAUCUGGCCUGCUUGGACAAGUGUGUGGCUAUGCAAAGCCCGCCUUCGAGUCCUCGGCAAACUCGCUGACCGUUGUGCUAUCUGCAGAUUACGCCAACUCCUACCGAGGCUUUACUGCUUCCUACACUUCAAUUUAUGCGGAAAAUGUCACCACUACAUCUUUAACCUGCUUCUCGGACAAGAUGAGAGCUAUCAUUAGUAAAUCUUAUCUGACAUCAUUAAAAUAUAGCGAGAAUAACUUACAACUAAGUGACCCAACCUGCAGACCGAGGAUAUCAAAUGUGGUGGACUUUUCUAUUCCUCUGAAGGGAUGUGGUACAAUAAAAAAGGCAGAAGAUCAUUCAAUUACUUACACCAAUACAAUCACUUUUAUUCCAUCCUCCAUAUCAGAAGUGAUCACUCGUCAGAAACAUCUCCAGAUUGUUCUGAAGUGUGAAAUGGAACAUAAUUCUACUGUCGAGACGAUGUACAUAACAGAAGAUGACAUAAUACAGAAUCAAAGUGCGCUGGGCAAAUAUAACACAAGCAUGGCUCUUUUUGAAUCCGAUUCAUUUGAAAAGCCUAUACUGGAGUCACCAUAUUAUGUGGACAUGAACCAAACUCUUUUUGUUCAAGCCACUAUACACACUUCAGAUCCAAAUUUGGUGGUAUUUCUUGAUACCUGUAUCGCCUCUCCCACACCUGACUUCGCAUCUCCAACCUAUGACCUAAUCAAGAGUGGGUGUAGUCGAGAUGAGACGUGUAAGGUGUAUCCAUUAUUUGAACACUACGGAAGAUUCCAAUUUAAUGCCUUUAAAUUCUUGAGAACUCUGGGCUCCGUGUACCUACAGUGUAAGAUUUUGAUAUGUGACAGCGGCGACCAUCAGUCUCGCUGUAGCCAAGGCUGUGUCUUUAGGAGGAAGCGUGACAUUUCUUCAUACAAAUGGAAGACCGACUCUGUCAUAGGACCUAUUCGUCUGAAAAGGGACCGAAUCGCAAGUGGAAGUUCAGGAUCUCAGUAUCAAAUACAUGGAGAAGAAACUCAGAAGCAACCUUUCAACAGUCUGCAUCUAUUUUCAUUCAUGGUCCUUGCUCUGAAUGUAGUGAUCGUCGCUACGAUCAUAGCAAGGCAUUUUGUGAAGCAGAGAACAGACUACAAGUACCAGAAGCUGCAGAAUAUUAACUGACGGGUCCAGCCUUAAGUGAGACGCAUUUCCCCUGAACACCGAAGGAAAUGCUACCCAUUAUGAAUAAAUUAGAGAGAGCCUCAUAAAAGUGAUACACAAGUCUUGCUGCCAUUGUAGUCAGAGUGUGCUGCCUUGCAGGGUGAUAGAG